AUGGUGGUGUUUGACAAAGAAGCGAGCUCAUCCUCACAAACACUCCCGCCUUUUCCUAGAGAAGACACUCCACUUCUAGCCAGACCUCGCAAGCUCUCGUCCCAAGGGAAGACCUUCGCCAACGUCUUCAUAGCCAUAGUGGGUUCAGGCGUGCUGGGUCUUCCGUACACUUUCAAGAAAACCGGAUGGGUCUUCGGCUCUAUCAUGCUCUUCUCUGUGGCUUUCUUCACCUACUACUGUAUGAUGCUCUUAAUUCACACUCGCCGCAAGCUCGAUUCUGUCCAUGGCCUCUCAAAGAUCGCAUCUUUUGGUGACCUGGGCUUCGCUGUGUGUGGCCCAAUUGGACGACUCUCAGUUGACAUCAUGAUCGUGCUUGCUCAGGCUGGUUUCUGUGUGAGCUAUCUAAUUUUUAUAUCAAACACUUUGGCUUUUGUUAUCAACUACUCUGGACCAGAUCGAAUUCUGGGUCUUGCCCCAAAAUCCUUGUACCUUUGGGCUUGUUUUCCAUUUCAGCUGGGAUUGAAUUCGAUUCCUACGCUGACCCAUUUGGCCCCUUUGAGCAUUUUCGCCGAUGUUGUUGAUCUUGGAGCUAUGGGGGUUGUGAUGGUGGAGGAUGUUAUGAUUUUUCUGCAAAAUAGGCCAGCUCUGCAGACUUUUGGAGGCUUCUCUGUUUUCUUCUAUGGUCUUGGUGUGGCUGUUUAUGCCUUUGAAGGAAUUGGAAUGAUAUUACCAUUGGAAUCAGAGGCUAAAGACAAAGACAAGUUUGGUAAAGUCUUGGCCUUGUGUAUGGCUUUCAUUGCUUUGUUGUAUGGAUCAUUUGGAGUUCUGGGUUACUUUGCUUUUGGUGAAGAGACCAAAGACAUAAUCACCACCAAUUUUGGGCAAGGCUUGGUGAGCACUCUGGUGCAGAUGGGUCUCUGCAUUAACCUCUUCUUCACAUUACCAUUGAUGAUGAACCCUGUUUUCGAAGUGGUGGAGAGAAGGUUCAAUGAUUCUAGGUACUGCCUGUGGCUGAGGUGGGUGAUGGUGUUUGUGGUCAGCUUGGUGGCUCUUUUGGUGCCUAAUUUUGCAGACUUUUUGUCUCUGGUUGGGAGCAGUGUGUGUGUUGCUCUGGGCUUUGUGUUGCCUGCUUUGUUUCAUUUGAUGGUGUUCAAGGAAGAACUGAGUUGGCAUGGGAUGCUUUUGGAUGGGACUUUUGUGGUUCUUGGUGUGGUUAUUGGAGUCUCUGGAACUUGGUCUUCAAUAGCAGCGAUUCUUGCACCCACAGCCUGA